AUGAGAUCAGAGUUGAUUAAAAAAAAUCAUGAUGCUUCAGGCCAUAGUUCGAAGUCGUAUCUCAAAUUCUUUUUCAUUGCUAGUUAUGAAUGGCUAAAUAUGAACAAUGACAUAAAAAAUUAUGUAAUAACUUGUAUGGCGUGUGCUAAAUCAAGAGGACCUUGGAUAAAUACGAAACAUAUAACUACAAAGUCCAAUAAUGGGAUUCGGGAAGUAGAUUUGAUAGGAAGGAUCACGACGAAGAAUAAAAGUAAGUGCCUACUUGUGGGAAUAGAUCGUUUCACAAAACGGAUCGAAACACGUGUUAUCCCAGAUAAGAGGGUGGGGACGAUUUUAAAGCGUAUCAGUGAUCUAAUACUAGACAAACAUGGAACUCCUGUAAAAGUAAUAUCAGUUCGCGGGCGAGAAUUUAGGAACAGAAAAGCAGAAUUGUUGGCAGAAGAAAAAGGGAUACAAUGGGUUUCGCUUCGCCUGCGCGCCACCAAACAAUUGGCUGCAUAG